CUCACACUCACCAAAGAAUAAACAAGACAAGAUGGAACCGCGGCGAUACAUCUCGCACAGCAAUGGGCCCGACAGGCUCUGCAUUAACCGACCAGAAGGCUUUGGCCCCUACUCGGCGCUCUCCGCGCCCAUCCCUACGUCCUGCUUCGUAGAUACCGUGCUGCUCCCUUUGCCUAUUUACAUCGCGAUCGUCAUCACGUUUGUCUGUCUCCCAGGCGGAACAGGACAUGUCCAGCGCGAGCGCCAUGGCAUCCCACGCCCAAAGAUGGCAAGGCCGCACCUGAUCACGCUCACCAUCUAUUACCUUCUCAUUGUAUGCCUCGUUGCCAUGCAGGCGCUUGAGAUUGCGCGCUUGGCCAAACUCGACUAUGGCAUUGGGCUUCUGCCCUUCAUGUUUGUCGGUCUACUGCUUGCUGCCUUUCUUCACUUUACUGAAGGUAUUGAGGGCCUCGUUGUUGGCUGGCGCGGUCUCAAUGUCUUUAUAUGGCUGGGAACCAUGGUCAUGUCUAUUGUCAAGGUCGUCGGGUUGCAUUACGAAGGAAACGACCGUACUGGCUCCGCAUAUCCCAUGAGCGACCAGAUUCUGGACGUGAGCGUCAUGGCUGGUGUCUAUGCUGUUCUUAUUGUGCUGGAAAUCGUGCUUCGCCGGUGGGGAAACAGAAUCACGCGGCCCCGAUCGGAAUGAUGCUUAGGCAAUGGUCUUUAUUUUUAUUUUGGCGUUUUUUGUCAGAGCCGCUGGUAUCCGCGUAUUCGGCAACAUCUCAGUUAUGUUGACCACAAGAGGCUGCCUUAUGACUGUUCCAGCCCUUCGAUAGUAGCAGCGCCACCUGCUUAUUGCGGCUGGAAAUGCAUGACACGCGCGCUGCUCUGGCAUCGGCACUCUAAUAUCCAUGGCGAACGAUAUAUAUUCUAUUCUCACCGCCAAAAGAUAUAAUGAGAGGAUUGCCAGGCCGACCUCAGCUCUGGAUCUUCUCUCAUACUGGGGCACACUGCAACGAAGCAGAAAAUAUCAACAACAAGAGGAGCUACGCGUUGUAAUAUCGCCGCCUCACUACCCCUCAGAUCUAGGCCUCGCUUCACCAUUCGGGCGGGCGCACGGGCGCACCUUUGUGUAGAUUUCAGCUCAUGCAAGCCUCCCGCGUAUAGAUCCCAGUCCUCGGCACUGUUCAGCAAGGAUGGUCGGCACUCCCACGGCCCGUCGGUGGAGAAAAUGAGGCCUAGACUACACUUGCCGUCUAGUUGUAUAUAACCUGUCUGUAUAUAAUAUAU